AAUAAAUCUCACUCUCUCUCUCUCUCUCACUCAACACUUUGUUAAGACGCAAACGGAAAAAAAAUGCGGCAAAAGCAGCAGCACCCUUCACUCGAUUCCGACCCUGAACUCCCACAAAUCAAAAUCCACCACCCCUCCUCCCCUCGCGUCCAUAGCCCAGCUGUCUCCGCCGCCACUCCCACCCCCACUGCCGGCGCCCGCCGCAAAAUUGGCGUAGCUGUUGACCUCUCCGAUGAGAGUGCCUUCGCCGUUCGUUGGGCAGUCCAGAACUACAUCCGCCCCGGGGAUGCGGUGAUCCUCCUUCACGUUAGCCCUACGUCUGUCCUCUUCGGCGCUGAUUGGGGGGCCAUCGACCUUUCCAUCAAUACCGAUCCCAACUCCGAGGAAAACGCCGUCAGUAACCUUACUAACAAUGAGCACUCCAAGAGGAAGCUUGAGGACGAUUUCGAUGCUUUCACUGCGUCUAAGUCUGCCGAUCUCGCCAAGCCGCUUAAGGAUGCUCAGAUUCCGUAUAAGAUCCAUAUUGUGAAGGAUCAUGACAUGAGGGAGCGUCUGUGCUUGGAGGUGGAGAGGCUGGGGCUGAGUGCCGUGAUCAUGGGUAGUCGAGGGUUCGGUGCGGUGCGUCGUGGCAGCGAUGGAAGACUUGGGAGCGUCAGCGAUUACUGCGUGCAUCAUUGCGUUUGUCCGGUCGUGGUGGUUCGAUAUCCUGAUGAUAACGAUGGUGUAAAUGGCGGAGUGCGCGAUGGUGCUGCCGUAGUGGCAAUGAAGGUGGAGAAAGAGGAUGAGGCAGUAAUUAAGACGGUGCCAGUCGAACAAGAACAUAAGAAAGGCAUCCUGGUGCUGGAUGAUUUCGCCCCCUAAAGUAUUGUUUUUGUCUUUGAUUUGUCUUGUUUUGGAAUGAACAAUUUUGAGGAUUGGGGAUGUAAAUUAUCUGAAGCUUAAGGUCUAUACUUGGAGGGGCAUAAUCAAGGUCCUUUUCCUGGGUAUUCUUGAGUUUGUUUAUAGAUGAUGGAUAUUUUAUAUUGCUACAAGGUAGAAUGAACUCGAUGCAGUGUGCUGUGUAUUAGACAGACGAGUAGAUGGCUGGAAUGCUUUUUUAGCGAGAACACAGGCGGUAUGCUAUGCUGUCAAAGUGACAAAACCUAGUCAAGGGUUUUACUUAAUGAUGGUGUAGAUUUGGUCUUGAUUCUACCAACUUGGUAGAUGAGGGCACUUAGGGCUAAAAUUUUGGGAAGCGUUUUUCUUACUGUUGAUGUAGAUUUGGUUCUGAUUCAACCAACCUUGUAGAUGGUUGCACUUUGAUAGGGCUUAAUUUUUGGAUAAAAUUAGUGCGGAUUUAUUAAUUGAAUUGUGAUAAUAUAUACCUCGCAUGAUGUUUUCUCUCUCUUUAAUUUGAUUCUGAUUUCUGUUCAUCAUCUUAUUAGAAAUUAGAAUUGGAACAUCACGAGAUCACAAGGGAGUUGGGUUUGUAUCAUUCUAGGAUUACAUUCUUACAUAGUAGUAGUGACUAAAACCGAGCCAUAUGGCAUAGAGGACCAACCUGGAUGCUAUGUUGAAUGAGAUGUGAGUUUGGAAGCGGCAUGCCAGAUGUUUAAUACUUAUGAAUAUUUUCUAUUAAAAAUUUGAGAGGCUCUGUCUCUUUAUUGGGAUGAUGGGCUUCAAAUGCCUCUUCAGGAUUCAUGAAUUGGUCGGGCUUCUUUUUACCCUAAACUGGGUUCUUUAGUCCUAAAAUAUAAGCUGAGUGCCAUCGUCUCAUACAUCAAAUGUCUGAUAUUUGUGAGCACCGCAACCUUUACCAUUCCCAUUCAAGUUGAGGAAAUGACAACCAUGUUUUUUGUAUAAAUAGGACCUCAGCUUUAUUUGAUCCCAUAUGGAUCUCUCUUUGCAAUGGUUUACAAAUGCGAAAAAGUAUGAAAAUGAUCUUACGUGCUGAGCAAUUAGAUUUAUAGAUGUAAGUAUUCAAGUUGACCAUUCACCAAGUUGUGGUGGUUGCAGCCUUUGAGCUUCUUACAAUUCAUCGCUACACUUGAAAAACUAAGUUGUGGAGUUGCCUUAGUAUAGUAUGGCAUGAUUGUUUGUAGUCUUGGAUUUUGAGUGACAAAUGUGAAGUUAUGAUCACCUGAUUCAGACAUCCAAUAUUAAUUAUAGUUUAUUUUUAAGCAUAAUUGUUAAUGUAAGAAGUUUUCAUCGGUUCAGUUGAAGUUUGUAAAAAUUUCAAUAAAUCAUUUAUAGCUAAAAUUAAGCUUAUCAUUUUCUUUGGCAUAUCAUAGUAACAAUUCAUUGCUCAGAAAUUUGGAAGACUCUGGACCAGAAUAUUAUAAAAGAGGGGCUGACUGAUCUGCUUAUCUGUUCGUUCUAUCUUUCCAACUGGAAAAUGUCGUGCUGGUCAAAGCUGUAUAAGACUUGGGAACUGGUCUAAACUUGCUAGUUCACAUGGAGACUAAAUAGUAAAAUUAUUAAUCGAAAAUUCGUGUUUAAUAUAAUAUCAAAAUGAUUUUGGUAGGUUAUAUUCUAAGUUUUCAAAUGUGAAAGGCACUCUCAUGGAGUUGGAUUCCCUCCCAGUGCCUUGAGGAAAGACUAGCUAGAAAUCUGCCUCAGUGAAGCAAGGUGCUGUAAUAGGGGAAAAAGCUAAAAAUAUGCUAUGUAAAGAUGAAGUCAAGUGAUGCUGUUUGACAUAUAAAUCAAACUAUUUAAGCAUAAUAAUUAUAAAAAACGGUGCGUUAAAGUUAUCAAUUCUUGUGCCAGAAUACACACUUAUUAAUGUAGAUGUUGCUGGCCAGCCAGCAUAAAGUAACUGACGCUAAAGUGCUUGAAAGUCCAAAAACUUUUUUUUUAGAGCUAUAUUACUUUUGAGUUACUGGCAAGGUGCCUGGGGUUGGCAACUUGCACCCACCUGAACGGCCUGGAGGAGGGUCCUCUUCUAAACCGGCAAGGGGUACCAUUGAUGCCUCAUAGUGCCCUUGACUAAAUUAAAAUUUGAAAUUUAUUUUUUCUUUUGUUUUGGCUGAACAUUAUAAUUUAUGAACUCUUAAUUAUUUAUUUGUUAUAUUUACUAUUUUUGAUACAUUCUUGCUAUACGUUUGUUUUGUUAUGGAGGUAUUAUAAUAUGUCACAUAUUACUAAUAAUUUCAGUUCAUACAGUUUAACUUGUGAUUUGUGUAUCACUUGCCUCUCUGGUUCAGUGAGGGGUCAAACUUCUAGCUGCGUCUGAGCUUGACAUGGAACAAUUUAAUUCAGGCCAAUUUAGCUCAGAUGUAGCCACAUAAGUUUGUGGAAAGUUAUGUAAGAACGCAUUAACCCUAGUUAGAGCUGAGGAACUGAGGAGGUUGAGUGUCAACCUCAAGUCUAAGCUGAGCUUAGCCCUAUAUAAUAGUUGGAGGCAUGGCUGAUCGUGCUCCAAUGGUUAGCUUUUGCAUAAGUUGAUGCAAACUCAGGAUGAUAAAUGUAACCUUGAUGUUCAUCUAUGAGGAAAUUU